AGGGAGGGGGAAAUGGAUCCAAGAGAAGGCAGAGUGGGAAAAUGUACUAGAUGAGGCAAGGCAGAGUCUAGUACAUACUGGCUUUUAGUAUUAAAUAGCUGGCACCCCCCGUGAGCUGUCCCACCUUCUCAUUUUUAUUUGCAUUACUGCUGUUCCUGGAGGUCCAGUCUGAGAUUACGGACCCCAUAGUGCUAAGAGCAGUGGAUGCUCCUAGCAAGACAGUCUCUGCCCUGACAGACUUGUGGUUUAAAUAGACAAACCAGGCGAAGGAGGGGAGGGGAGGCAGAGGCACAAAGGGGUGAAGUGAUUUGUUCAAGGUAUAAUUGCUGAGGCUCCUUAAAAUGGCUUUACGCUUCCGCACUUUCUUCCCAUACGCCUUACCUGGAGUGCUGGCACUUAUUGGUUGGUGGUGGUUUUUUUCUCGUAAAAAGGAGCGUACAAACAAUCAUGACAGGCAAGCAUUAGCUGGCGUGGAAGAUCAGAGGAUUGAACCUCCCGUAAAGGAACCUCUGUCCAGAGCAGAAGUAAAUGCUACUAAAGAACUGCCUGUGCCCUCGGAAGAGGACUGCCCAGAGAAUGAAACCUUAACUUCCCAGCUGUCCAUAGGGUUAAUGACACCCUCUCUGGCAUGUGAUGCUCAACAGAGAUUAGAUUCCUCCAGGGACCAUCCUGCCACCACAGUAACGACCGUCGAAUUGGGCACGUUUGAGGACGACAGUGAAAAACUGGAAAGAGCAGCAUCUCGAGAUGAAACCGGGUCCCUUGCACAAGUGUCUCCCCCUUCAGCCCCGAAGAGCGUAGAGUGCAGUGACAAUGGUGUGCUUGUUACCAAGCAGGAGUCAGCUUUCAGUGGAAUCCCAGAGCAGCAGCCAUUGGUGUGUUUCGUGGUAGAGUCAGUACGAGAGUCUUUGGGAAAGACUGGGGAAAGUGGUGAAGCAGAAAUGACACACGAUUCUCUGGAAGAUCCAUCAAAGGAAAUCCAGUGCCCAGCAGCCACAUCCUCAGACGCUGGCUGCCUGCCAGACCUGGGCUCUGAACCAGAGGAUUCAGCCACCGCCCAACCUACCAUUUUAGAUGAUGAUAGUAAGGAACUCAUGGGCAUUGUCCCAGGGCAGAGAGAGUCUGUAGUUGGGAAGUUACUGAAUAAUUGUGUAGAGUCUGCUGGCUUGGACCUGUCCAGGGAAGAGGAGAUGUCUGAGAUGACUGUCAGUACUGUGCUUAAAUGUCAUGGAAGGGAAGAGAAGUGCUACAGGGAUAUGCAGUCAAAAGGAGAUUGUUUGGAAAGAGAGAGAAUUGGAGAAGUGAGUUUGGACAAAGAUAAAGUUGAGAAAAUAGAGCAAGCAGCCAUACAGAUUAUUUCCAAAGUCAUCUUAGCAGCUACUGAGGAAGUGCUGUCUAGUUCAGUAAGUGAUGUGUCCAGUAGGAUCUGUGAAGUCGCCGUCAGCCGGGUUGAUAGACCGCUGGAGAGAGUGAGCAUUUCAUCCGAUGAGAUGCUUGCAGUGGAAUCUAGCAGAGGGAGGGAAGCUGUUUCCACAGAGAGUGUUGCAACGAUACCUGUUCCCCUAUCGGAAGAGAAACUCCAUCGUUACGUGUCGUAUUCCAGCUGUUUGAAAUACGGGCGCUUAUCUAACCCAGUGCAGGUAGACCCAAAAGACCGUCGGCCAAAGAAGUCUGUGCACAGUGAAACACGAGGAGAUAACCGGACUUUGGUUACGAACAAUGGAGAGUCAUUCGAAGAGUCUCAUGCAGUAACGGAGGAUUCUGGAUGCAGCGCAUGUACAUCAGAAGAUGGGACGAACGUCGAGGAUCCUUUGCAAAGCACAUCACUGUCUCUCCUAUCGGGCCAGCAUUCGGACUUGCUGAGCAUGUCUGUGAUCCAGGACGCUUCUACAGAGCAAAACGUGGCACAGAGUGCGAAACCUCAGACCCUUGUAUUAGGGGAAGACAAAGUGCCAUACAGCAAUGGGGUGCUGAAAGGGGACAGCGCAGAUCUGAGACAUGAGACGCACUGGACAGCAGAGACAGACGCAGAUCACUCAGGAGGUUCAGAUGUAAAUAGCAUGGAUUCUGUGGACAGUGGCUGUGCCCUUGGGAAGACGGAGAGUUGCCAGAACUCCAAGUCAGGAGUAGAAUCCAAUAAGUCUGAGCUCACUGUCUGGGAGAUAGAGGUGCCAAAGCACUUGGUUGGCCGGCUGAUUGGCAAGCAGGGGAGGUAUGUGAGUUUUCUGAAGCAAACUUCUGGUGCCAAAAUUUAUAUCUCAACACUACCUUACACCCAAGAUGUCCAGAUUUGUCACAUAGAAGGCUCUCAACAUCAUGUAGACAAAGCGCUGAGUCUGAUUGGUAAGAAGUUCAAGGAACUGAGCCUCACCAACAUUUACGCUCCUCCAGCUCCAUCACUAAUGCUGCAUUCCCUGCCUAUGACUUCCUGGCUCAUGCUCCCGGAUGGAGUCACCGUAGAAGUAAUUGUCGUUAACCAAAUCGACGCAGGACACAUGUUUGUGCAGCAGCACACGCACCCCACGUUCCAUGUGCUGCGCAGUCUGGACCAGCAGAUGUAUGUCUGCUAUUCUCAGCCUGGAAUUCCAACUCUGCCAACUCCUGUAGAAGUCGGUGUGAUCUGUGCUGCUCCGGGCUUGGAUGGCGCUUGGUGGCGGGCUCAGGUUGUCGACUACUUCAAAGAUAACAAUGAAGUGGAGAUCAGAUAUGUGGACUACGGAGGAUACGAGAGAGUUAAAAUCGACACACUCAGGCAGAUCAGGUCUGAUUUUGUAACACUACCCUUCCAAGGAGCAGAAGUUUUAUUAGACAAUGUGGUGCCGCUUUCAGACGAGGAUCACUUUUCAUCAGAAGCUGACUCAUCUGUUAGUGAAAUGACCAGAGGUACACCUCUGCUUGCACAGGUCACAAACUAUGACAGUGCAACAGGCCUGCCUCUUAUCCAGCUGUGGAGUAUGAUGGGAGAUGAGGUGGUGUCAAUAAACAGAGCUCUGGUGGAAAGAGGAUUUGCUCAGUGGAUUGACAGUUACUAGUAAACUCUGAGAGGCCCCAAGUGACCCUUUUUUUCUAAAAAAAAAAAAUAAAUAAAAUUUAAAAAAUCCCUUUUUUUGCACUGUAUUAGAAUUGGGUUUGGCAAUUCUGUAGGGAGGACCUGUUUGUUUACACCACUGCGCAAAACUCUGUGGUCCAUUGAGACUUGUUUGCUUGACUGUUACCAUUUCACUUGAAAUACAUACCUCGUUUCAGUGAAAGGCAGGGAGUUACUAAAAGCCAUAAAAAAGAUACUGUAGCUUUAAAACAAAACCUGUCCCUGGCCUAGUUCUCAGAGUUAUUU